AUGGAUCCGGUCAGGGUCCAACAGCUGGCAGCUGAGCUGGAGGUGGAGAUGAUGGCCGACAUGUACAACAGGAUGACCAGCGCAUGCCAUCCGAAGUGCGUCCCUCCCCAUUACAAGGAAGCCGAACUUUCCAAGGGUGAAUCUGUGUGUCUGGAUCGAUGUGUCUCCAAGUACUUGGACAUUCAUGAGCGAAUGGGUAAAAAACUGACAGAGCUGUCCAUGCAGGAUGAAGAGCUGAUGAAGAGGAUGCAGCAGGGCUCAGGGCCGGUGUGA